UGCAAUCGUCAAUCAGCACUCUGAAGAAUAAACUAUGCAGCAACUUUGGAGCAAGAACUGAAAAAGAAAGAAUAUGGGAACAAAAAUUCCCAUCAAACCCAAUUCCAAUUUCAAUCACACCCUUUUUCAUUCUCUCUCCUCAACAAAAAUUCCGAUCAAACCCAAUUCCAAUUUCAAUUCUUUCAACAAUCUCCAAACUUGUUCACCCUAUUCUCAUCUCCCCAAUCUCAGUAACACAGUCAUGUCUCAAUCCCCACUUCAAUCUUCAAUUAUUCCUCUAAGCUCCAGCAAAAUCGAUUCAUUUGAAACCCAACAACAAAUUUCUGGAAAACCCAUCUUUAACCCUCAUGAUAUUAACACCAAUUUGCUUCAGAAAUUGGUUUAUGAUGCCCUGGUUUGGUCUUCUCUUCAUGGGCUUGUCGUUGGUGAUAGAACUGUUCAGAAAUCAGGGACAGUUCCUGGGGUUGGUAUUAUUCAUGCCCCAUUUGCUCUUUUACCUGUCUCAUUUCCAGAGGAUUACUUCAGGCAAGCAUGUGAAUUAGCUCCUAUUUUCAAUGAACUUUUUGAUCGUGUCAGCUUGGAUGCAAAGUUUCUCCAAGAUUCAUUAUCGAGAACCGGAAAAGUGGAUACUUUCACUUCGAGACUGUUAGAUAUUCAUUCCAAAAUGAUAGACAUCAAUAAGAAGGAGGAAAUACGCUUGGGCUUACAUCGUUCGGAUUACAUGCUUGAUGCACAAACAAAAUCACUUCUUCAAAUAGAGUUCAACACAAUCUCAUCUUCAUUUUCUGGGCUUACAUGUCUUGUCAGUGAACUUCACAGGAACUUGAUCGAUCUCUAUGGAAGUCAGCUUCAAUUGGACUCCAGAAAGGUCCCUGAAAACCCUUCUGUUCAUCAGUUUGCGAAGGCAUUAGCUGAAGCAUGGCGAGAGUACAAUAAUCCUAGGGCUGUUGCCCUAGUUGUGGUUCAAGCUGAGGAACGCAACAUGUACGACCAGCAUUGGCUUUCUGCUGUAUUGAGAGAGAAACAUGGUGUUACAUCUAUCAGGAAGACAUUAGCAGAAAUUGAGGCAGAGGGUGAGAUACUGCAUGACGGGACACUUGUUGUAGAUGGGGAAGCAGUUGCAGUGGUGUAUUUUAGAGCUGGUUAUGCACCAACUGAUUAUCCUUCAGAGUUGGAAUGGAGAGCUAGGCUAUUAAUAGAGCAGUCAUCUGCCGUGAAGUGUCCUUCAAUUGCAUACCAUUUAGCAGGUACCAAGAAGAUCCAGCAGGAGCUUGCAAAACCCAAUGUGCUUGAAAGGUUCCUUGAUGACAAAGAAGACAUUGCCAAACUUAGAAAAUGCUUUGCAGGUCUGUGGAGCUUAGAUGAUACUGAAGUUAUUACUGAUGCAAUUGAAAAACCUGAGUUAUACGUGAUGAAACCACAGAGAGAAGGCGGAGGCUACAACACUUAUGGGGAUGAGGUGAGGGAAGCACUGCUAAGAAUACAGAAGGGGGGAUCGCAGGAAGAUGCUGCAUACAUUCUCAUGCAAAGGAUUUUCCCUACUGUUUUUCCAUCACUUCUGGUACGAGAAGGCAUUUGUCACAAAGAUCAUGCCAUUUCAGAGUUGGGAAUAUAUGGAGCUUAUUUGAGAAACAAAGAGAAGAUUAUCAUGAAUGAGCAAUGUGGUUACUUGAUGCGGACAAAGGUUUCUUCAUCAGAUGAAGGUGGGGUUGCAGCUGGUUUUGCGGUGUUGGACAGUUUGUAUUUAAGUUGAUAGUUUACAUGUAAAAACUACUCUAUGAUAACUGAAGUUUGACAUAAACAGAAACAUUGGUUUUAUAUUCAGCUUGACCCUAAAGGGAGAAACAGGCUUGUGGUUCUGAAUAGAGGAAUAACUGUAUUGUGUAAUGCAAAGAGAGACAGUGUCUGUUUAAUGCAGCAGAGGAACGUCAAAUAAUUUUGAAAAUUUUCUGUUCCUGAUC